AGCAGACGGAUAGACAGACAGAGACGUACAAUAACAUAACAAAGGGCAAUAUUAUUGGUUCCACAACACGAACGCUGCAGGCUCAAUCAGUAUACGUGUUUUAAUACGAUUAUCUGACCUGUUUGGGAAUUAUGGCAACUCAUCAGUGACGAAAAUGAAACUAAGAGAUUCCCUAUCAACUUAUCUUUCCUUUGUUUCCUUGAAUACAUAAUAUGUUAAUCAUGGAUUUUUAAACAAUUCAAAGGAUGUAUUUGUGAUUUGUGCAAUUGAAAGAUAUUGUUCCUGUUUGUUUUAUUUCCCUCCAUCUACAGUAUCCAUACUAUCAUUCUUUACUUAUAGAUCUUUUAUACUUCCUUUCCAAAAAUCAGUGCAAUUUAUACAUCCUCACAACCAGUAAUAUCUUUGUUGUUUUGCAACCCUUCUUUGAAAAUCUCCAAUUUUGAAAGCAGCAGCAAAUAUGGGAAGUGCCUCUUCUAAGUUCCAGAAGGCAAUAUACCAGGGAGACGAAAAACAAGCAUUGCUGUUGUAUAAUAACACACCAGAGAUACGCAAGUCGCUUGAUCCAAACUCAACGUAUGGGGAUAAAUACGAGCACAAUACGUUAAUGCAUUAUGCGAGCCGACAUGGUAUGGUUCACAUUUUAAGUCUGUUCCUUAAAGACCACAAUGGCAAUCCUAACAAAAAGAAUUUACGUGAUGAAACAUCCCUUCACUGUGUUAGUUCCGGUGAUGAUGGGAUAUCUAUUUACAGCCCUGCGGUUGGGUACGGACAAACCUACCCAACAGUUGAACAACAACGCAAGGAAUGUUUACGCAUGAUACUCCAGUGGAAAGGUGGAUUGCUGGCUAAUGGUGAUCGAGAACUUGCAGAUGUCUGUGCCACAGAUGAGAAAAAGAACACUGCCCUUCAUUAUGCAGCAGGAGCUGGUUAUCUGUCCUUGGUUGAGAUGCUCAUUGUCCAUGGUGCUCCAUUAUUUGAAGAGAACUUGGAGAAAGAGACACCUUGUGACUGUGCUGAGAAAAGUCAUCGUUACGAAAUAGCAUCAUACCUGGAAUCAAAGAUGGUGUUUUGUCCGGAUUUUAUAGAUGAUGAUUUUACUGAAGAAUUAAGCAAUGUGAUAUAUGAAGAUGCAUUUGUUGGUAUGCGGCCACAAGAACUACAGACAGAGAAAGAUAUUUUAGUUGUUGAGACAUCCGAUAUGUUAAGAGUACCGUUAUUUACUGCUGAGGCUCUUCUUAGAAAUAAUGAGUGGUCCAGAGAAGCUCUGUUAGAGGCCUGGAUGGCAGACCCCGUUGAAUGUUGUGAGAAGAAUGGUGUGAAGCCCCCUGCAAACCUUGAGAGCCUAAAGAGGGAACACAGACUGACAUCCAUGGAGGCAUCAGACACUACCACCAGUUCAAUGAUUUGUGAGAUAUGUGAAGAUUCCAUCCAAGCAGACGACUAUACCAUUGACAUUCCCUGCAUGCACACAUUUUGCCGUGACUGCUGGAUAAGGUAUCUGACAGGUAAAAUAACAGAAGGAGAUAUUCACAACAUAAUGUGUCCUGCAUAUGAUUGUCCAAAGCUAGUUCCUGUUGAAGUGGUCGAAGAUGUUGUACCACGAGACAUAGCCAGAAAAUACCUACAGUUUGACAUCAGGGCUUUUGUAGACACAAAUCCAUAUAUAAAAUGGUGCCCAAAACCUGGAUGUAGCUGUGCAGUUAAACUGCCCCAGGAGGCAUUGAAUAACACUGCUAGUCGCCGUGCACGAACAGCCUCUCCACCGCCUAUGUCUAGAGCAGUUACAUGCAGUCAGGGACACCAAUUCUGCUGGGAAUGUUGUGGAGAACCUCAUGAACCAUGCAGUUGUAGUAAUUUAAAAAAAUGGAAAGAAAAAAUAAGUGAAGUCAGACCAGAGGAACUAAGCGGAACAGAACAAGAAUCGGAAUCAGUGGCUAACCUACUCUGGCUUGUAACCAACUCUAAAGCCUGCCCAAAAUGCACUUCACCUAUCCAAAAGAAUGAAGGCUGCAAUCAUAUGAAAUGUACCAAAUGCAAGAAUGACUUUUGUUGGGUUUGUUUAGAAGCUUGGAAUAAACAUAGUUCAGAAACUGGUGGAUAUUUCCGUUGCAAUCGCUUCGAAGCAGUACAAAAAGUCCACGGCAAGUUGGAGACAGAUCGAGAAGAUGCGGAGAAGAAGAAUACAGAAAUGAUACAUUUGAAUCGGUUUUUACAUUACUACACACGCUAUAAGAAUCAUGAAAACAGUUUAAACCUUGAAAAACCACUAAAGAAACGAGUUGGUAUGAAGAUGAAGGCUUUGGCAGGUACAAAAGCCUGUACUGCUGCUUCAGAUACUGAUUUUGUCAUGGAUGCAAUGAUUGAGUUACUGAAGGCAAGACAUAUAUUGAAGUAUUCCUAUGCAUAUGGCUACUACUUGGAAGACAAAGAGGGCAGCAAACAGAUAUUUGAAUUCAUGCAGGAUGAAUUAGAGCAGGCAUGUGAAACUUUAUCACAAAUGGUUGCCAGGCAGUUCCUUUGUACACCGCGACCCAAGGUCAUUAUGACAACUGCCAUUGUUCAACGUAAACGCGGGGAGUUCCUGUCAGCUGUUAGCAAGGGGUUCUUGCCUCCGGACUCAUCACCCCGCACACAGCCUGUCAGAAGGGAUUCGGAUGAAACAGAUGAUGAGGAGGACAUCUUGCUGAGACAAGCGAUAGAAGCUUCUCUCAAAGAGUUUGCACCUCCAGAACCACAAUCAUGGCUUGAUGAUACUGAUGAUGAAGAUGAAUCUCUAAUCUUUCGCAGAAGACUAGGAGAAGAUUCCUCAGGAAUAAGCGAAGGUUUGUUGCGUGCCUUUGAACUUUCUCAGCAGUUGUUGAUGCAACAAACUGAAGGAAUAACCUCAAGGUAAGAAUCAUCACAAGAUUAAUUUGUUUUUUUG